AGAUAAAACGUCGACAUAAAAAGCUCAUAUAUUUGUAAUUAUGGCGGUACGUGUACAAUUCGAGAAUAAUAAUGAAAUUGGCGUUUUUUCGAAAUUGACAAACUCUUAUUGCUUAGUAGCAAUCGGCGGCUCUGAAAACUUUUACAGUGUAUUCGAGGCAGAAUUGUCUGAGACAAUUCCAGUUAUUCACGCAUCAAUAGCAGGAUGUCGGAUUAUUGGUCGACUAUGUGUUGGGAACAGAAAUGGACUGCUAGUACCAAAUACUACAACAGAUAUAGAAUUGCAACACAUUCGAAAUUCCUUACCAGAUAGCGCGAAAGUUCAAAGGGUAGAGGAGAGACUCUCUGCCCUUGGCAAUGUUAUAGCAUGCAAUGAUUAUGUUGCUCUUGUUCACCCUGAUCUGGAUAGGGAAACUGAGGAGAUUUUAGCAGACACAUUGAAAGUGGAAGUAUUUAGACAAACGAUCGCGAGUAAUGUUCUCGUUGGAUCGUAUUCCGUUUUAUCAAAUCAAGGUGGUAUGGUGCAUCCAAAAACUUCUAUACAGGAUCAAGAUGAGUUAUCAUCCCUUUUACAAGUACCACUUGCGGCUGGUACUGUAAACAGAGGCAGUAAUGUAAUCGCUGCUGGUAUGGUUGUAAAUGAUUGGGUAUCUUUCUGUGGUAUGGAAACUACUUCGACGGAGCUUUCGGUUAUCGAGAAUGUUUUUAAACUUAACGAAGCUAAUCCAGCUGCUAUCACAUCAAGUAUGCGCGCGUCUCUUAUAGAAAGUAUGUCAUAAAAAAUACAAAGGCAUCCCUGAUGAACUGGAAAGUUUGUGCUGGGCUGUAGAUUGUAGACAUGUACAUAAAACCGAAUAUUUAUGGCAACAAACGAUUACACAAGGUUAUGUCAUACUUACGUAUGACAUAUUCAGCAAACAAAUACUUCUCCACAAUUCCGACACAGAAUACAACUUAUAAUGUAAUAAAAUAAUAAAAUUCACACAAAUAGGAUGACA